UUUCCCCGUCUUCCGUGCGGCUACAGCAGUCUUCGCUCAGCUUCUCGCGCAGAUUUGAUCUGAUUAUUGGUUGAAAAUUAGUGGGAAAUCCAAUCCCCUCCCAAUCCCACCGCUGAUCGAUGAUGCUUUCCGCCCCCACUUGCCGAUGCUCCUCCGGUUUCCUCCGCGACUAAGCCAAGCCCCGGUCCAGGUCCAAUGUCUUCGUCUUCGUCUUCCCCCCACCAAACCUCCGGCUCACUCCCCCCACCCAUGCCGGACGCCCUCCGCUGACCGGACCCCUCCGCUCCUUCAACUUCCUCUCCGCCCAGGCCCGGUUCUUUCUUCUCCCGCGGGACGGGAUUCGACCGGCGGCAGCAGCUCCCGCUGAGGAACUCCGGCUGAACCCGAGGUGAUGCGCUCUGGAUGCCGCCGAGCUUGAUUGGACCUUUUCUCCGUUGGUCAGCCACGCCGCCGCCGCCGUUUCAGACUGGGCGGAUUAAGCGGCGCUAACUAAUAAUCUUCUCCGCUUCCCCACCUGCGCGCUAACUGCAGCUCCAAUGCCGCCAAGAUUGUAGCGGACUUCGUCCCUAACCAUCACAUGCUGGACUGGAUGGUGCCCCCGAGAUUCAGAUGCGGAGCCGGCGCGCGCCGGCGGCUGGCCCCGCUGCUGCUGCUGCUGCUGGCCCUCUCGCCGGCCGCCGUGGCGGCGGUGGGCGGGGACGUGGAGUACCCGCAUUGCAGCUGCGACGGCGGGGGCGGCGGCGGGUUCUGGAGCAUGGACAACAUCUUCCGGUGGCAGAAGGUGAGCGACCUGCUGAUCGCGGCGGCCUACUUCAGCAUCCCGCUCGAGAUCCUCUACUUCGUGGCGGGGCUCCGCCACCUGCUCCCGUUCCGGUGGGUGCUGGUGCAGUUCGGCGCCUUCAUCGUGCUCUGCGGCCUCACCCACCUGCUCGCCGCCUUCACCUACGAGCCGCACCCGUUCGUGCUCGUCCUGCUGCUCACCGUCGCCAAGUUCCUCACCGCGCUCGUCUCCUUCCUCACUGCCAUCACGCUGCUCACGCUCAUCCCGCAGCUGCUCCGCGUCAAGGUCCGCGAGAGCCUGCUCUGGAUCAAGGCCCGCGAGCUCGACCGCGAGGUCGACCUCAUGAAGCAGCAGGAGGAGGCGAGCUGGCAUGUCCGGAUGCUCACCCAGGAGAUCCGCAAGUCGCUCGACCGCCACACCGUGCUCUACACCACGCUCAUCGAGCUCUCCCGCGUGCUCGGCCUCACCAACUGCGCCGUCUGGAUGCCCUCCGCGGCUGCCAGCGACGGCAAGGUUACGAUGCACCUCACCCACGAGCUCCGGCGCGGGGGCAGCAAUGAGGGGCUCGUCGUUAUUGGGGUGGACGACAUGGAUGUUGUCGAGGUCCGGAGGAGCGACGGCGUGAAGCUGCUUGGCCCGGGCUCGGCGCUCGCGGCGGCCAGCGGCGGGAGCAAGGAGGACACGGGUACCGUGGCGGCCAUACGGAUGCCGAUGCUCAAGGUGUCGGACUUCAAGGGCGGCACGCCGGAGGUGAUCCAGACGAGCUACGCCGUGCUGGUGCUGGUGCCUCCCGCGGACAAGACCUGGGGCGCCCACGAGACGGAGAUCGUCGAGGUAGUCGCCGACCAGGUGGCCGUGGCGCUCUCGCACGCGUCGCUGCUCGAGGAGUCGCAGGCCAUGCGCGACCGGCUCGCUGAGCAGAACCGCGAGCUGCUGCAGGCGCGUCGGGACACGCUCAUGGCGAAUGAGGCCCGGGACGCGUUCCAGCGUGUCAUGAGCCAGGGGAUGCGCCGGCCGAUCCACUCCAUCCUCGGCCUCGUGUCCGUGGUGCAGGAGGAUGACCUGACGCCCGAGCAGAAGCUCGUUGUCGACACCAUGGGCCGGACGGCCACCGUCGUCUCCACGCUCAUCAAUGACGUCAUGGAGAUGUCAGCCACCAACCGGGAGCGGUUCCCGCUGGAGACGCGGCCGUUCCAGCUGCACUCCAUGAUCAGGGACGCCGCCUGCGUCUCACGGUGCCUCUGCGACUUCAGGGGGUUCGGCUUCGCCGUGCACGUCGAGAACACGCUGCCGAACCUUGUCAUCGGCGACGAGAGGAGGAUCUUCCAUGUCAUCCUGCACAUGGUUGGCAACCUCAUCAGCCGGAUUGACUCAGGGCACGUCACGUUCCGGGUGCGUGCCGACGACGAGGUGGCGGAGGACACGCUUGGACAGAGGUGGGAUCCAUGGAGGCCAAGCUACUCCAGUGGGUACUCGUCGGUGAAGUUUGUCAUCGGGGUGAAGAGCCAGCAGAGCUCCGGCUCGAUGAUCCCGCCGCCGGGGCAGUUCAAACGGAAGCCGAGCGGCGAGGGCUUCGAUCUCAGGCUGAGUUUCAGCAUGUGCAGGAAGCUUGUGCAGAUGAUGAGAGGCAACAUAUGGGCGGUGCUCGACGGGCAAGGGCUACCAGAGAGCAUGACCCUGGUGCUGAGGUUCCAGCUGCAGCCACCGGCGCCACUCAUGUCGUCCAGCACCAGCGGAGGAUCGUUCGAGCGGCAAUACGCGUCGCCGUCGUGCCAGCUGACCGGACUGAAGAUCCUGCUCAUCGACGACGAUGACAUCAACAUGGUGGUCGCUCGGAAGCUCCUGGAGAAGCUGGGGUGCGUGGUCUCCUCCCUACCCUCGGGGUCGGGGUUCCUGAACUCCGUCGGCCCCUCGUCGGGCGCGUACCAGGUGGUGUUGGUGAACCUUGAGAUGACGCGGGUGAACGCGCUGGACGUCGCGGUGAGGGUCCAGCAGUACCGGAGCGGCCGCUGGCCGUUCAUGAUGGCCAUGACGUCGGAGCAGAACGCGUGGGAGAAGUGCGCGCAGUCGGGGAUCAACGGCAUCCUCAGGAAGCCGGUGGUCAUGCUCGAGGCCAAGGAGGAGCUCACCCGGAUUCUUCAGAGCGCAUGAUGCCGCUGUGGUUCGCCGGUCAUUUCGCCUUCCUGCCGAGAACUCUCGAAAUGGCGAGGAACUGCCAUCGAUCACCGGUCGGCGCUACCAAAGGGGCGAUGCCCUUGUGAAAUCUUUGAUCAGAAGGGCCGAGGCGACGGCGAAGAAACUCGCAUUGGCCAGCCACUGAUGGCUUCCCUGUGUGCUGCUCUGUUUCUGCAGUGUUGCUGGGGAGGCUCCAUAUCAGUGGCAAUGUCACUGUUCCACAUAUUCUAGCAGUAGAUGAUGGGAGGUUACAAGCAAGAGGGGGAGGAGCCUCACUGGUGCUGAUGAUAUAUUGAUUCUUGAUAGAGAUCCAGGAGAAAUACAUGUGAUGGUCUCAUCACCAGUGGCAAUAAGAUUUUGUCUGACAGGAGAGGAGGGGGAGAGGUUCAGAAGUGUAUUUAGAAAGUGGAGGAGAACUAAUCAAUUGCAUGCCCAGUGGAGGAAGCAUAAGCUUUCCUUUGAACAUUGGAUUCUAGUUGUAGGUAUGAGAAUGUAACAGCAACAUUUUGUAUUCAGGCAUGCUCAAUGAGAAUGGAUCGAACCAUUCUUAUGUCCCUCCAUGAUUUUUAAAAAAAUGUGGUUGCUGAA